GUUUCGAAGAAGCCACUGUUUCUCUCUCUCUCUCUCUCUCACUCUCCCUUUCCUGUUUGGAGAGCCGGAAAUUGAGCGGGAAAGUUCCACCGAAAACUGAGAAAUUACUACUACUACUACUACUAAUUCCAAGGUCCGGCUUAAAAAUCUCCUGUUAUAUAGUAUACUACUAGUACUAACACUCUGUUUGGUUAAGACGAAAAUAAAUGAUUUUGUUGCGCGGAAUCACUGCUUGUUUAUAAACAUUUUGUUUUAAUUUUUUUUUUUUUUUUUGAAGCAAGUGGGAAGAACACGAGACAAUUAUUAGUGGAGUAUCAUUUUUUUUUCUAUAUUCUUCUCUCUGUUCUUCCAUUGCUUUCUGAGAAACCAAGCAGGGGUGGUUUCCUGGUUGUAGUUCUGAAUUUCAGUUCAAGAAUGGUACUCCUUGCUUCUUGAAUAGUUGAUCUUGAGAGUCUUGAACAUGAUGAAUCCGAGACGACUCUGGGAACGGAUCCAUUGGAGACGGGGUGGGGCCUGUAGCUCAGGGCAUUAGAGCACGGUGUCGGGGUUUCGAGUACCUCCUCGCCCAACCUUCCCAAGAGGGAAAGAAUUCAAAGAGAAUGAACUCUCCAACCGCGCAGUUUGUCACCUUAAGAAGGAUGGGUUUAUACGAACCAGUCCAUCAGAUGGGCAUGUGGGGAGAUUUUAGAGGUAGCUAUCCAAAUACCUCUGGCUCUAUGAUUGAGGACGUGAGCACAAAAAUGAACAACCAGUCAGAAGACACUACUUCACAAGGAUCACUAGGACCUUCAAACCAGUUCGAUCAAGAAGCGACUAAACCUCCCGAUAAGGUACUUAGGCGUCUUGCUCAGAACCGUGAGGCUGCUCGCAAAAGCCGGUUGCGGAAAAAGGCAUAUGUGCAGCAGUUAGAAACAAGUCGGUUAAAGUUGAUUACACUGGAGCAAGAGCUUGAACAAGCUAGACAUCAGGGUCUGUAUAUGAGUGGUGGAUUAGAUAACAGUCCUCUGGGAUACUAUGGAGCUGUAAACCCAGGUAUUGCCGCGUUUGAGAUGGACUAUGGGCACUGGGUGGUACAACAAGAUAAACAAACUUGUGACUUAAGGGCUGCUUUGAAUUCUCACGUAGUUGACAUAGAGAUUCAAGUCCUUGUUGAUGUUAGCAUGCAGCACUAUUUUAAUCUGUUCCGCAUGAAGGCAACCGCUGCAAAAGCUGACGUCUUCUAUAUGAUCUCUGGCAUGUGGAACACAUCUGCCGAACGUUUUUUCUUGUGGAUUGGAGGGUUUCGCCCAUCAGAGCUUCUAAAGCUUGACCUCUUGACCGACCAACAGCGUUUCGAUACCAAUAACCUUAGACAAUCAUGCCAGCAAGCGGAAGACGCUCUUUCACAAGGAAUGGAGAAGCUGCAGCAAACUCUGGUUGAUACUGUAGCAGCUGGCCAACUGGGUGAAGGAAGUUACAACACGCAGGUGGCUUCUGCAAUGGAGAAGUUGGAAGCUCUGGUGAGCUUCAUCAUGCAGGCAGAUCAUCUUCGACAGGAAACACUGCUACAAAUGGCACGCAUCCUUACCAUCCGCCAAGCAGCUCGGGCCCUACUUGCCUUGGGGGAGUAUUUUCAACGCCUUCGGGCUUUGAGCUCAGUUUGGGCUAAUCGUCCCCGUGAGCCCGCCUAGUCAUCGAUGGAAUAAGAGAGACGGAUAUUCUAGGGCAAAACCACCAGCAGAAACCAUGACUCAGCAGCAGCCAUGCCAUAUCAAUGCGCCUGCUAUUAAUCUCUCCAUUCUAAUACAUAGUCCCGGCUAGCUGCUGUCAUUUUUCGUGCUGCCUCCCGCGAAUGAGAAGUUGUACACAUGAUUGGCUUGUUUUAUCUACCAAAGCUUGUUGAUCAUCUUAUGUUGGAAGGGCAAUUCCAGGUGCCGUGUGAGUUUUUAGACCACUAGAUGGAACUAUAUGUAAUAUAAUACCACCAAUUACAAUGGUUUCUUUGUAAUUCUGAGUUUUUGUCCAAUGUAUACAUGUUAUUGUAAGACAACGUGACCUUAAGCGAUUGAAACUGCUUUCUGCUCCGGUGUGGGUUCAAGGCAACGGAUA